AUGAAAUUCAUAAUAUUUUCAUUAACAUAUAUUUCUCUUGUAGGAUAUCCAUUAAACGUACUUCUUAAAAUAGCAGAAAUCCAAUAUCAAUAUAAUCAACCACUUGAUAUUGUGCAGUCCUAUUCUCACUACUGCCUUCAAAAUACACUUCUCUCAACCUACGUUCCAAAGUUCAAAAACCUUGGUGUAAAAUAUUUAAUGAAUACUUCUCCUUUAUGCAUGGCAUUAUUGAUCGAAACUGCACCACCAGCGUGGCAUCCAGCACCCACCAAAUUAAGAUCAAUUAUUUCUAAAUGUAUAUCAUAUGUAAAAGAGAAUGGAUUUAACAUUUCUAAGUUGGCCAUACAGUUUUCAUUGGAAUGGGAUGGCGCAGAUGGUACCGUUAUUGGACUGUUGAAUAGGAAACAGGUUGAAGAAGCUAUAUUAUGGUUUAAUGAAGUUUUGGCUAGAAAAAGUGGUGAAAAGAACAUUGAUAAAAUGGAGUUGAUUACUGUUCGGGGAUUUCAGAAAAUGAUAGGAGAUUGGCUAAAUUGGAGUUGGGAAUCUCCACCAACUAUUUAA